CUUCACGCUCAAUUGCUGUAAGCCCUCUUUCUCUCUCGUUCUUACCUUUUUGGUCUUCUUUUUCUAUGCAUUUCUUGUAUUCUUCGUUCCGUUUCGUUUCUCAGUGGGUCAAAACACAGAAAGUACCACUGAGCCUUCUAUGCUUUUUGGGCAGAAGAAUGAUCUAGAACUGUGACGAAGUUUAAAAAAUGAUGGAACGAAAAUGUUAGUAGUAACCUCAUUGUAAUAUAGUUUUUAAGUUGAAUUUUGAUUCUAUUUGGUGAAUACUGCAUACCCAUUUUCUCAAUCUAGCAUAGUUUUGAAAAUAGUUGAAGUUAAGGUACGUUAUUGGGGUUGGGGUUUCGGUUCUUUUUGUGAAACCGAGAUAGGAAUAAUGGAAACCCCAUCUUCCGAUGGAUCGAUUUCGAAGCGUUCGCUAAGAAAGAAAGCGAAUUUGCGUACUUAUGAUGAGGAUCUGAUGGAUGAGAUGUUUGAGAAGCAGUUGGGUGGUGGUUUGAAGAAGAGGAAUAGGACCAAAGAAGAUUUGGAGAAAGAGACCGAAACCGAGGCUAUGAUUGCUUUCUCGCUUGGUUUCCCUAUUGAUGCUUUGCUUGAGGAUGAGAUUAGAGCUGGGGUUGUGACAGAAUUGGGUGGGAAGGAGCAGAAUGAUUAUAUAGUCAUAAGGAAUCAUGUGUUGGCUCUAUGGAGGGGGAAUGUGAGGCUGUGGUUGACAAAAGGAAUGAUUAAAGAAACUGUGAGCAAUGACUAUGAAUUUUUGAUCAAUUCUGCUUAUGAUUUUCUUUUGAAUAAUGGGUACAUAAAUUUUGGGGUUUCGCCGUCAUUUACUUCUCAAAUUCCUGAGCCAACUGAAGGGACUGUGGUUGUUAUUGGUGCUGGCCUUGCUGGGCUAGCAGCAGCGAGGCAGCUCUUGUCGUUUGGUUACAAGGUUGUGGUUUUGGAAGGUAGGAACCGUCCUGGUGGCAGAGUUUAUACUCAAAAGAUGGGGGGUGAGGAUAAAUUUGCUGCUAUAGAUCUUGGUGGGAGUGUUAUCACUGGCAUUCAUGCUAACCCUUUGGGGGUUCUGGCUCGACAGCUUUCUAUACCGCUUCAUAAAGUCAGAGAUAAUUGCCCCUUGUAUAAGCCAAAUGGGAUGCCGGUUGAUAAGGAAAUAGAUACAAAGGUUGAAUUCAUAUUCAAUAGGUUGCUUGAUAAAGUUAUGGAGAUGAGGCAAAUUAUGGGUGGGUUUGCAAGUGAUACCUCACUUGGUUCAGUCUUGGAGAAACUCAAGCUUUUGUAUUUUGUGGCUCAAAGUAAUGAUGAGAAACAAUUGCUUGAUUGGCAUCUUGCAAAUUUAGAAUAUGCAAAUGCUGGAUGUCUUUCAAAUCUUUCAGCUGCCUAUUGGGAUCAGGAUGAUCCUUAUGAAAUGGGUGGUGAUCACUGCUUUCUUGCUGGAGGUAAUUGGAGAUUGAUAAAAGCUUUAUGUGAAGGUGUUCCUAUAUUUUAUGGAAAGACUGUCAACACUAUAAGAUAUGGAAAUGAGGGUGUUGAGGUUAUUGCCGGGGACCAAGUCUUUCAAGCAGAUUUUGCCUUAUGCACUGUGCCUCUUGGAGUUCUGAAACGGAAGGCCAUCAGUUUUGAGCCUGAAUUACCUUCCAAAAAGCUGGCUGCAAUUGAGAGGCUGGGGUUUGGGUUGCUGAACAAAGUUGCAAUGGUUUUUCCUUAUGUGUUUUGGGGGGAAGAUCUGGACACAUUUGGAUGUCUCAAUGAAUAUAGUCAUCAACGUGGGGAAUUCUUCUUAUUUUACAGUUACCAUACUGUUUCUGGAGGCCCAGCACUUGUUGCUCUGGUAGCUGGUGAAGCCGCACAAAUGUUUGAAUCCACAGAUCCGUCUAUUUUGCUCCAACGGGUUUUGACCACUCUAAGAGGUAUAUAUCAUCCUAAAGGAAUCAUUGUGCCUGAUCCAAUACAGUCAAUUUGUACAAGAUGGGGCAGCGAUCCCCUUUCUUAUGGUUCAUACUCUCAUGUUAGUGUGCAGUCAUCCGGAAGUGAUUAUGAUAUUCUUGCAGAAAAUGUGGGGAACCGACUCUUCUUUGCUGGUGAGGCCACAACUAGGCAAUAUCCAGCUACUAUGCAUGGUGCUUUCUUGAGUGGCUUGAGAGAAGCUUCACGCAUUUACCAAUCAGCCCGGGCUAGGCAAAAUUAUUCUAGGAAGAGCAUACUUAAGAAUAUUGGCGCAAACAACGAUGUACUAGGUGAUUUAUUCAAGAAGCCAGAUUUGGAAUGUGGGAAAUUUGCUUUCAUAUUUGAUCUUUCUUCAGAAAGUCCGCAGUCAAUGGGGCUUCUGCAAAUCACUUUUGGUGGUACUGAAGAAAGUUACAAGGAGUUACUAAACAUCUAUCCAAAUCCCACAAAGUUACCAUUGCAGCUUUAUACUAUUAUAUCUCGUGAACAGAUGCACCAACUACAACUACUCAAUGGAGGGGAUGAACAUAGGUUGUCAUUGUUGGUAAAAAGCCUUGGGUUGAAGCUUAUGGGGUCAAAUGCUUUGUAUAAUGCAGCUAACUCAGUAAUAGCUAGCAUUGCUUUCUCCCGAAAAGGCAGGGGGAGGAAUCGCAUAAUUACCGGUAACGCCAUAUUCUAAAGAGAUCAGCUUGUGUGUAUUGGGUGGGAGUUAUCAUGUCUUGAUUUGAGCAUGGCUUUUCUGCUUCUUGGUAUAUACUUACAAAGUAGAUGAUUGAUUUGCUGCUGGAGAUAGAAGAUUUUGAAGGUUUGAACAGAGUGAUGAUUUGAUUUCUGAAGCAAAGUCUCGAGUCUCAUGUUGACCUGCUUUUUUUUAGCUGAUCAGUCACAGAUCAGUAAUGUAACCAUAUGAAAAAUUAGUCAUUUUUAAAUUUGAAGACAUAGAUAUUAGCACUCCAUGGGAUGGUUGAAGAAUUAGUAUACAGUGAUUAGGACAAUACCCGCAUUGUAUUCUCUAUCAAACUCUCAUGUUCAUGUAGACUUACCAACAGCCCACCCCAUAGAGGCCAUCAUUUUAUUUUUCAGGCAGGCCUUUGUA